UCGAACGAGUAUAACACUAAUAGACGCAACCGUUUGUUCGGAAUGGUCUCGAACACGCAAUAAACAAACAAUUAUCAACCAUAUCGGAAUCGGAAUCUAUGCACGUCGGUAGCAUUAUUUUGGUUUUCCAGCAUUUCUCUUUCCUGCAAAAACCUGUACAUACAAGCAUAGAUAGAUAGAUAGAUAGAUAGAGGUAGAUACAAAAUACCCAAAUUGAUAAUCAACCAAACCCAUCACCAUCCCCCAUGAGUAACCAACCCUUUCCCCUCCUCCUCCUCCUGCUCACCGUAACCCUCAUCGGAACCAGCCAAUUCUUUCGAUUCGCAGAGGGAGGACAGAGGAGGAUCCACAUAACCGACGACCUGGACGACGUGGUCGACGACGAGGAAGACGAGGAAUGGAAGCAGUGGGGGAAGAAACCGCAGCCCGAGUACGACCCUCCCCCCACCGACUUCUCCGGCAUGGACCUGCCCCAGAUCCAGGCCGAAAUGAUGAAGCGCCAGUUCGGCCAAGUCUUCGGCUUCGUCAAGCUCCGGUUGGGCGGCGCCAAACGAACUCGGGAUAUGGUAUCUGAUAUUGCUAUGCAAUGGUCAAAACUUUCAAGAACUGGCGCUAUCGAGACGAAGUUUACGGGUUUUGAUCUUGGCACGAUUAUGUUCACUAUGGAGAGAGGCCAAGACUCUCUGGAGCUUAAAGAGUUCAUAUUGAACCAACCAGAAGCAUACGAGAUUAAGAUAGGAGAACAAAUUUUCCGAAGACCAGGAGAUCCUCCUUUUGAACUACUUCUCGAGAAGCUCCACAAUGACAGAAACACAGCGGAUAAUGCCAGUCCCAUAGAGGAUGAUGGACACCGAAAAGAUGAGUUGUAGAUCACUGGAAAUCCUUCCAGCAUCCAAAGCCAAGAGCUCUGAAGGAUUAUUUUGUGCAGUUCAUCUUUCUGAUAAUACUGUUUUCAUUCCUUUCUAAUCGUCGUCAUGAAAUCGAUACUUGAGUUUCAAGAGUUUCUUACAGAGUACAAGUCCUUGGAUUUUGUUUCUGUGUUCUGGUCUUUGUUUAAGUCAGUCUCGCUCCAUUCGGUCCAUUUCAUCAUUUUUCAAAUGAAAAUUUGUUUGGUCUUUGACAUUUCGAGUUCUGUUGAUGAAUGAUUGGAUGAAUGAAGAAAUAAAGUCAUACAGGUUGUGUUCA